AUGAAAGGCACGAAGAAGACCGAGGUAGCUGUUGAAACAGUCGGCGCCUCCGCCAAGAGUCGCCUGCUCGCACGACCAUCGCUGGUCAUCCCAUACCCCGCUGGGGAGCCGUUACAUUCGCCGGCGUUGGCGAUUGACAUCCGCGGCGGCGGCAGCAGCAGCGGCGCGUUGGGCGGCGACGGGGAUAAAGCAGCGUCGGUACGGACGGCGCUGUACCCAUCGGCGCGCAGUGAAGGCGGUGGCGGCGAGCGGAGCGUGCGCGACGUGCUAAUCGUGGAAGGGGGAAGGCCGCCCGCGGAUGCGGGGCGUGCCCGAGGCGGUGUGUUCCGCAAGAAGCAGCGGCGGGGGAAGGGCAAGCGGAGCGUGUUCGUGUACGAGCUGGUGCGCGCGCCCGCGGGGGGAGGCGGCGGGGAUUAUGGGGGCCGCGGAUUGCCGCGCGCGAGAACAGCAGGCGCCGCGGAGAGUGGCAGUGCUGGGUUGUGGGGGACGGACGGCGCGGAAGGAGUGGCGGAGGGAGCAAUGGGAAAGGCGCAGGGUUGGCAGCAGCGGUCGCUGGAUCGAAGUGACACGCAGAGCGACAUUGCUGACGUGGACGAAUGGCGAAGGGAGAUGGAGAAAUAUCUGACGGAGAAAUUAAGGCGAGAAUCGGGUCCGAAGGAAAUGGGGCGAAAGGAGAGAAAGAGCAGCGGCAGCGAGGAGCAGCGAGCGCUGCAGCGGCAGGGGCGAGACAAAGGACUAGUGAUAGACUUGGGAGUGGAUGGGGAGGAGUUGGGAGUGGUGAGGAGGGACGAGGAUUGGUUUGAAGAGGCGGAGGGCGUGUUGCUGGUGGACGAAGGGCGUGUCGUGCCUUGGGAGUCAGACGGUGGCGAACGCGGCAGAAACGGAGAAUGGGGAAGGUCGCGAAGCUGUGUGGAAGCGUCUGUCCGCCAAGCCAGCAGGACGGCCGUUGCCCGCGCUGCAGCGGACGCGCAGGCAGGCAGGAGAGGCGACGGCAGCGAUGGCAGUGGGAGUGACGGCAGCACCGGCCGUGGCAGCGACCAGCAGCAGCAGGCACAGGGAGGGUGGGCGGCCCGUGCUGCUGCGCACCUGCAGCACCCGCAGCAGCACCCACAGCACCCACCAGCUGCAGGUGGCGUGCCUGCGAGCGAGCACCACUGCGUGAGUGCAGGUGCAGGUGCGAGUUGGAACACACCCACGGCAGCCGGUGCAGCCGCUGUGCCAGAGGGCCGUGAGACUGCAGCGCAGGGAGGUGCGAGGGCGAGGGCACGCCACGCGGCGGCGACGUCAGCAGCGGCGGGAAAGAGCCAACACGUGUCGGCAUGGUGGCAAUUCGGUGGGGCUGAUAAGAGCGCUGAUAAGAGCGACAGCAGCGGGCAGGCCGGCAGACGGAAGAGCACAGGUGGUGGAGUGAGCAGCGGAGUGCAUGGGGGUCGGUCCCGGCCGCUGGGACCCCCACCCACGCCCCAGAGCCCUGACCACGACGCAUGCAUGGAAAGCCGCACCUCGCACUUGAUAUCACCACCGGCUCUCCCCUCGCACGCAUCAGCAGCGUCAUCGUCCCGCCUACUGCCCUCUCCACGGCCUCCCGCCCUCCCGGCGCCUCCGGCCGUCCCCCGGCCUGAGGAGGCAGCAAUCCGCUGCGGCUUCGCUUGCUGCGGUGGAGGCGAGUCAACGGCAGCCGAGCGCGGUGGUUUACCACCCGCCCUUCAGCAGCUAUCGUCACCAGCUGACGUGGCAGCCCAGGAGGAGGAGGCGAGUCUGAGGGAGCUGGAGCAGCAGCUGGAGAGAGAGAGGAGGAGGAGGGAGGAGGAGGAGGAGGAAGACUUGUUGGCAGAGGCUGGUGAGAGGGGGAGUGAGGGAGGUGAGAGUGAGGGAGGGCGAGUGGGAGGAGGGGGGGAUGUUGGACUGGUUCCCAUAGCCACCUCCCAUGCGACGUCACGGACUGACACCCGGCAGGAGAGGGGGAUGAGGGCAGGGCAGCAGGCAAUGACACCAGCAGUGAGGGGAGGUGGCAGAAGAAGCGAAGGGGUGCAGCAGAGGGGGAAGCAGGCAGGCCGGGCGGGUGUUGCGGCGAGGCAAGACACAGCCGAGCCGGCGCUUGGAGCAACGGAGGGGGUGGGCCCGGCGCAGAGAGGGGAGACCUGCUCAUCCGCACAACAAACGCUUGAGAAGGGGGGGAGGGGUGCCCCGGCGAGAGAGGCGGUGCCCCCGGCGCAGAAGAGGGGGUGCCCCGGCGCAGAGAGGGGGUUGGCCCCGGUGGCAAGAGAGGGGGUUCGCCCGAGGGGGUGCCCCGGUGCAGAGAGGGGGUGCCCCGGUGCAGAGAGGGGGUGCCCCGGUGCAGAGAGGGGGUGCCCCAGUGCAGAGAGGGGGUGCCCCGGUGCAGAGAGGGGGUGCCCCGGUGCAGGGGGGGGGGUGCCCCUGCUCAUCCGCAGGCAUGCUUU